UCACCUGAAAGUGGGAAAAGCCGGUUAUAUAAACUUCCAGAGAGGGGAUGGCUUGCACUUUGAAGACAAUAUGCACCAUCAGAUUUGGAAAAAAUAAAUCACAACUUCCUGGGGAAAAACACCACACGAUUCUACUGUAUGUUUGCCUGUGAGACGAGGAUUCUGCAGCAACUGGCUGUUCUGGUGGUGUGCCAUGGCGUAGCAGUGGGUCAGAUCCCCUCACAUUACUUCCUGGUCCAGAGGCCCAUGUCCUGGUCCAAAGCCCGGGAGUUCUGUCAGAGGCACUACGUGGACCUCGCCGUGCUCAACACGGAGGAGCAGUACUUCACUCUCCUCAAUGCCACGCUCGCAAGCAAAGGCAGCUUUUGGCUUGGCCUGCGACGCCAGAGCAUCCUCGGUGGCUGGACCUGGGUGAACGGAGAGGAGCUGCGGUACGAACACUGGUACAGGUGGAAUAUCCAAGGCCGCUGCGCAAGCAUGGAGUCCAUGUUGGCUAAAGACGAGAAGCUUUUGGCUCGGUACUGUGACGAGCGGCACAUGUCCGUCUGCCAGGGUUCAGGUUCGCCACAAUCCCUGGCGGCGGACUCAGUGGGCACUGAUCAGUUGAAUCUCAGCUGGAGCGUCUCCGCCUUCAUGCAGAUGACACCGCACAGUUACAACGUGACGACGUGCGCCAGCUCAUGUGCUACGCUCCUUUACUCCUACACCAAUGGCUCCGCCUUCAUGAACGUCAGCAUCGGCAACUUGACCUCAGCCACAGAGUACUCCAUCAGGAUCGCCGCUUUUGUGGUCCGGCGCGACAGUGUCACCGGUGGGAGAACGACCCUUCAAAGUAACCCUACGGAUUUACAGGUCAAAACAGCGGAUUCUUGUGAGCAGCACAAAGUCAUCGCUGUCGUUUUGAAGUUGCUCAAGCUUGUGUCUCUGGCUCCUCCACUGUGGAUUCUUUAUCGUAUCCUGAAAAAAGACGAUGGCUACGACGACGAUGACGUUGAGUCAGUUCAUGACGUCUCAUCCGUGGAGUUAUCAACUGAGGAUGCAACGAUUGAUCUGAUCCCAGAGAAAACCCGAGGAAUCAGCUAAACGGGCAGAAAAUGUGCACCCCACUGAGUGACUAUGUAAUCCUCCGGUAACGUUGUUCGCGUUGGCAUGAUUUGUUUACAAAUGUAAACAUAUCCUGAACAAAAGGAAUAUAUAACUAAUAGAAAGGGACGAGUUCUGUCACCUGGAAAAACAGAUUAGUUAAUGCACCAUAGGAAGAGUUUGGAAGUUUUUUGAGCAACUGAGCAGGCGCUCAAUCACCUGGAAACAUGAUUUUGUUCCCUGAACUGACCCAUUCUGUUUGACUCCUGCUGCACGCUCGUGCCGUUCGUCAACUGAAUAUUAGUUUGAUUAGUUUUGCAGUCUGGGUGAAUUUCCAAACGAGUAAUCAUGUGUAUGAAUGUGCAUUUCAUGGCCUGACGAAUGAAGACGUGGCACCUGUGUUGUCCUGGUAGAUGCCACACAUCCAAUCCAAAUCCAAUCCACAUCCAAAGUGGAGUUCAGCAGUACACACGGUGCAUCGCCCAUGGUGGUGUUUAUUCCCUGUUCAGAGGAAAAAGAUAGUCCCCUGGAUUUUGGGGGGUAUUUCUGUGUCAUACUCACUUUCACGUUGUCAUCUCUUCCACACUCGCCAAAGCAUAAACGUACGCGUUGGCAGACAGUGGACACAUGGAUAACUGUAGUGUCCACAAAGAACGUUUACCACGGAGCUGGGAAACACAGUUUGAUGUGUGCCAUGAGGCUUCCUCAUUUUAUAGGUUCUAGACCAACAGUGUGAGUUCUCAGCAAAGGUGCUUAGCAAAAUGUAAGAUCUAUUACUAAACGUUAGUCGGUCAGUUUAUUUAUUUCAAAAGGCAACAGGCCGAUAAAUGUGAAAGUGUCCAGUUGUGUUGGUUGAGGGUAAAUUUCAUCUGGUGUCCCGGGCCAGAAGUUACAACACAACCUAAAAUGUCAUGUUAAGCCUUGACUUGACAUUAUUUCAGUGAAAUGACGUAAAGCCUGUGAUGAAAAUUUUAUUUUCGAAUCAAGGAAAACGUCAGCAUGGAGUUGGCAGCAAAUUCUAAAAGUAUUAGUCAUAUCAUCGAGGCAACCGUUUAUGUAAUAGGCAUAUUUCUUAUUUUUGCCCUAACAUGUGGUUUGUAUUCAUUGUUUGUGUUUUGCUUUUUAUGUAUCUAUUUUUUAUUAAUGCUUUGCCGACUACAUCAGAUUCAGUUCCAUGUGUUUAAAAUAAUUUUAAGGAGAGCGUGUCAUUAAUUAAUACCUAAAGUGAUGAUUUUGGAGAAAAAAAAGAUUUUGCGUUUUCGAUAAAUAAUGUAUUCCGACCACAUAUGCUGUAAUGCAAUUUAUUCCCUAUUUCCCAAUCAAAGUAUUAAGUUUGAAAGUAUGAUGGAAAACCAGUAGGGACGACAUGGCCUAGAACUAUUUAUCAUUUUGUCACAUUUCGUCGGCCCUUCGCGGUUGCGUUUAAUAAUAAUAUCUGCAUGAAGAUGGAUUAACAGAUCAUAAAUGAUCGAUGAAUAAGUCUGAAGAGAGCACGUUGUCUGAUAUCGACUCUUGCCGAUAAGCUUCCCAGCCGCUGUAGCUGACAAUAGUACGAGCGGAACUCCACAAAGGAAGGAGAGAAGAUCCUCUUAUACUUGUACAAUCCAGUGUUGCAAACAAUCCCCAUUAUACAGUUGCUGUAAAACAUCUCUGCCAGAGAGACAAAAACACAUUAUAACUUACAUCAUUGCCUACAACAGAUAUGCUUUUGUAAAGGAGAUGCUUUGUCUUGAAGACUCAAAACAACCUGCAGAUACCCUGACUGUAUACUCGCAUGUGACUAGUAUCUGUCUUUGCCUGUUCAUACAACUGAUGAAUAAUUUUGUGACUCUUUUGUUCAUUUGACGAAUAUUAAAGUAAAAACAUUCACA